CGUGCUCUACGGUAGUUGAUUCAGUCAGUCACUCACACCGUCUCCGGGGCUCUCGCGUCGUCUUUGUGAAGUGGAGGGAGCGAGCGAGCGGAGCAGCGUAAACACGAGGUUUGGAGAGAAAACAAUACGCGGAUUUACCACUGAGGUCCUAGCUCAAAAUCACCGCUUAAGGAGGGGUCAGUGAGGGACCGUGCGAGAGGAAUACAUGAAGGGCAGGGUGGGGGAGGGGGUGGCAACCACAGCGGCAGUACCACCAAGGUCAAAGUUCACACAGACUCUGUGAUUGAUGAGGAUUAAGAAACCGAUUUUACCUGAUAGGAAACACAGGAACGUCCUCAUCCACACUGAAUAAAGAUCUUUUAAUGGCGUCCCGGUAGAGACAUCAAGAUGAACACGUUACCAUCAAUGGACCGGCACAUCCAGCAGACCAAUGACAGGCUGCAGUGCAUCAAACAGCACUUACAGAACCCGGCCAACUUCCACUCAGCAGCCACAGAGCUGCUCGACUGGUGUGGAGAUCCCCGGGCCUUCCAGCGACCUUUCGAGCAAAGUCUCAUGGGAUGUCUGACGGUGGUCAGUCGCGUCGCUGCUCAGCAGGGGUAUGACUUAGACCUGGGCUACAGGUUGCUAGCUGUGUGUGCCGCCAACAGGGACAAAUUCACUCCCAAGUCUGCAGAAACCAGCACCUGCAGGAGAUGUCAGAGUGACUCAGCCCUGCUGUCGUCGUGGUGCGAGGAGCUGGGUCGUCUCCUCCUGCUGCGUCACCAGAAGAACAGGCAGAACGAACCGCAGGGAAAAGUCCCCAUGCAGCCCAGCAUGAACAGCAUGAAGCCCGGCCUCACACACAGUGAUGGAUCAUUUCCCUAUGACUCUGUCCCCUGGCAACAAAACACCAACCAGCCCCCUGGGUCAUUGUCUGUGGUUACAACAGUGUGGGGUGUGACCAAUACGUCACAGAGUCAGGUGCUAGGUAACCCAAUGGCAAAUAGCAAUAACCCCAUGAAUCCUGGAGGUAACCCUAUGGGAUCAGGUAUGUCUGCCAGUGCAGCAGGGAUCAACUCACCCCAGUUCAAUGCUCAGCAGCAACAGUUUCCAAACAAGGGAGGCUCCAACCAACAGUACAUGCAGCAGGGCAUGUACGGCAGGCCUGGCUACCCUGGAGGUCCUGGGGGAUACAGCGGAAGUUAUUCUGGAGGCCCAAAUGCCCCUCCAGGAGGUAUGGGAAUGACCUCCCACUCACGUCCCCCUGGUGACUUCACCCAGCCAGCCGCCGCUGCUGCAGCUGCUGCUGUCGCUGCUGCUGCUGCUACAGCAACGGCCACGGCAACGGCCACGGUGGCAGCUCUGCAGGAAACCCAGAAUAAAGAUAUGAACCAGUAUGGACAGAUGUGUUCAUCGUUCCAAAUGGGCCCCGCUCAGGCCUACAAUAGCCAGUUCAUGAACCAGCCUGGCCCACGAGGCCCCCCUGGAGGUAUGAAUCCAGCCAGCAUGGGAUCAGCCAUGAACAACCCUAAUAUGAGUGGGCCUCCCAUGGGCAUGAACCAGGCUCGAACCCCAGGCAUGGGGCCUUUUGGAGCUCACGGCCAAAGGAUGCCUCAGCAAGGGUACCCUGGUGGACCUCGACAGGGCAUACCGAUGCAAGGGAUGAAAAGGCCAUAUCCUGGAGAGGCAAGUUACGGGGGUCAGCAGUACGGGCCAAACAGUCAGUUCCCACCACAGCAGGGCCAGUACCCCACAUCGAAUGCCUCCAGGCCGCUGCCAUCUCCUAACUACCCCGGCCAGAGGAUGCCAGGGCAGCAGGGCCAAGGACAGUACCCACCUGGCAUGCCCAUGGGCCAGUACUACAAGCAAGAGCCCUUCAAUGGUCAGAGCACCAACUUCUCUGGAGGUGGAUACUCCUACGGCCAAGGCAAUGGGCCCCCCAGGCCCGGUACCUACCCCCACUCCCCGGUCCCUGGAAACCCCACACCUCCUAUGACCCCGGGAAGUGGUAUUCCUCCGUACCUGUCGCCAAACCAGGAUGUGAAGCCCCCGUUUCCACCUGACAUGAAACCAAAUAUGACAGCGCUACCGCCCCCUCCGACUAACCCCAAUGAGGAGCUGCGGCUGACGUUCCCUGUCAGAGAUGGAGUGGUGCUGGAGCCGUUUCGCUUGGAGCACAACCUGGCUGUCAGUAACCACGUCUUCCACCUGCGACCCUCCGUCCACCAGACCCUAAUGUGGAGGUCAGACCUUGAGCUGCAGUUUAAGUGCUACCACCACGAAGACAGGCAGAUGAACACCAACUGGCCAGCCUCCGUCCAGGUCAGCGUGAAUGCUACGCCCCUCACCAUCGAGAGGGGGGACAACAAAACUUCCCACAAACCGCUGCACCUGAAGCAUGUAUGCCAACCUGGAAGAAACACCAUCCAGAUUACAGUCACCGCCUGCUGUUGUUCCCACCUGUUUGUGCUGCAGCUGGUCCACAGGCCAUCUGUGCGAUCCGUCCUCCAGGGGCUCCUGAAGAAAAGGCUCCUUCCUGCAGAACACUGCAUCACCAAGAUUAAGAGGAACUUCAGCAGUGUGGCGGCCUCUGCAGGCAACACCACUCUUAACGGGGAAGACGGCGUGGAGCAGACGGCCAUUAAAGUGUCGCUGAAAUGUCCCAUUACCUUCCGACGCAUCCAGCUACCUGCACGAGGUCAUGACUGCAAACAUGUCCAGUGCUUCGAUCUAGAGUCGUACUUACAGCUCAAUUGUGAAAGGGGGACAUGGAGGUGUCCUGUGUGCAAUAAAACAGCAUUAUUAGAAGGUCUGGAGGUGGACCAGUACAUGUGGGGAAUCCUCAAUGCCAUUCAAAAUUCAGAGUUUGAGGAGGUCACUAUAGACCCUACGUGUAGCUGGAGACCUGUCCCCAUUAAGUCUGAGGUACACAUCAAAGAAGACCCUGACGGACCACUUGCCAAGCGCUUUAAGACCAUGAGCCCCAGUCAGAUGACCAUGCCCAAUGUGAUGGACAUGAUCGCCCAGCUAGGGCCUGGACCUGGCCCAGGACCUGGACCUGGCCAUGGAGCAGGUCCCAGCCCCUACCCCCCACACCCUAGUCACCAUGCUAGUGGCAACGGGGGAGAUUACCCUGGGGCAGGAAACAGUUACCACAGCCAAGGGAACUUCGACUUCCCUCACGGGAACCCUUCCGGUGGUGGAGUUGGUGGAGGAGGAGGUGGAGGAGGACCCCCUAUGAGUGACUUCAUCCAUGGCCCCCAACUCUCCCACCCCCCAGAUGGACCCGGUGGUCUCCUCUCCCAGGACAAGCCCCUUAACCACGGCAUGAAUGAUGCAAUGUCCCAUCCCGAUCAGUCCCAUAACUCCAUGCAGCAGAUCUUGCAUGCGUCUCCCCACCCCGGCAGCCAAACAGGGCUGCCCUUACAUCACAGUGGCCAGUCAGGGCCACCCUUGCACCACAGCGGCCAAUCAUCGCAGCCGCCUCGCCAGUCGCAGCCUCAGCCGCAGCCUCAGCAGCCUGGGCAGAACAGUCACCCCCACAGCGAUCUGAACUUUAACCCCUCCUCCUCAGACGGGCAGAUGGGUCAGGGAGCCCAGGAUAUGCCUGAACCCUCCCUGGAUUUGCUUCCGGAGCUGGCCAACCCAGACGAGUUACUAUCAUACCUUGACCCCCCCGACCUUCCCGCCAACAGCAAUGACGACCUUCUCUCCCUCUUCGAGAACAACUAGCCCUUCGCCUCCCAUACAAAUGCUCCUGCACCUACGGGGUUCGUGAUGUGUUUGACUGUCCGUCCACAGACACCUUACUGAGCUCCUAUCAACACUUCGAGCAGCUUCCUAUGCUCACACACGCACACAUGUACACAGUCUCUAAACAGAUAAUGUGUGGCAUAGGAGCGUGGCUGAAAAGAGGCGCCUGUUUGGGAACUCCAAGGGAGAAAGCAGGAACGCCACUCAUGCCUGCACCCUGUUUUUUUUCCACGUGUAAAGAUUCCACGCACCAGUUCCACCGCCUGACUUGAAACACACCAUUUUCAGCCAUGUUGGCGGGCACUAAAGUGAUAUUAUAUAUAUACAUAUAUGAUAUUUGUGACUUUUCAACUGAAAACUGUGCAGCUAUAAUCAUCAUGUGUAAACAACACAGGGGAGAGACAGAAGUGUUGUAGCUUUCUUUUUUUUUUUUUUUUUAAUUUUCCUUUUGUGAAAAAAAAAGCAUUGUCUUGUAAGAGUGUUUUUAACCUAUUUGAAAUGUGUUCUUCCAAAACUUUGGCACAUGCCAUGCCCUUUGACCCCCAGACUUUUGUGUGCACGUGUGAGUGUGUGUGUUUGUGUGUGACAGUUGAAUAACUGGAACUCAUGAGAAUCAGAGCACUGAAAGGACGAGCUAAAACGUCCUCCAGUGUCAACAGAGGAAAUGAGAGCACAUUGUGCAAUGUAGUGUGUGUGUCAGUGGGUGUAUAUACCUAUUGUAUGUAUGUGUGUGUGUGUGUGUGUGUAUGUUUACAUGUCCUCUUUUGUUUGCCUGCGAGUGUAUGUGGAAGACAGCGGGGAGAGAAAGUCUGAGGCAGAGGAGGAAAGAAAUCUAUUGAAUGGAAGAAAGCGAACACAGUCCACUUUAAGAGCUGACUCAGUUCUUCUUCUCCAGCCAGUCUGCAGUUGUUCUUGUGUAUUUAUUGUAAUGUUUCGCUCUUCCUCAUCAAAUUCAGCACCAUUUGUUCACAAGUGCAUGUGUGCCAAUGGCUCCUGUUGUCUUUGUCCAGCCUAAACGUGCUUGAUCAAAACAUUUUCUCUCAUCUUUAUAUUUAUUAUUUUAUUUCAAAUUCAUCAGUUUUUUUUAUUAUUGAUGUCCUUUUUUAUGUUUGUCUCACAUUGAAAUUAAUCAGAUACACAUCACCAAAGUUGUCCUAUGCUUUUCUAAGGUGUUGGGCCUGGAUAUGUUAUGUUGGUGUAAGAGCAGGAUUUCAAUAUCCUACAGACGUCUACAGAAGUUUUUAAAUCACUGUAUUUUAUAGAAACGUCUGUGUGAUUGUACUGAUCUUUCCUUUUGUCGUUUUGUUACUGUUGAACUGCAUCUUUUUUGGGGAAAAACAUCCUGCAUGAUCCAACAGUGUUUCCAGAGCUGUUGUAUAUACCCUUUGUGAAUACUUUGUGACUGUACAGUACUGUACCUAUCUAUUACUGGCAACUACAUGGUACUGUAAUGUCUGUCAAGGACUACACACACUCACGCACUCACAAACACACACAGAAUCCCUUAUAACCAGUCCAAUAUUGUAAUGAAUUGAUCCAAAUGCACUCUCACUGGCCUUGUAAUGAGUACCUGUGUAUUGUGUACAGUUUUUCCAUUACCCUCUGACAAUGCAUCAGUGGAAAGGAAUAUUUGCUUUGCUCUGAGAGGAUUUGUUUUAUCCUCUU